AUGCUCGGAUCGCGCAUACGCGAACAAAAGCUGGCUGUGCGGCGAGGCGACGCACUAUCACAAGUGGCUGCCCACACCUACGAAAUGGGUCACAAGUUUGACUUCGCAGCCACCAAAAUAGUCGCCCACGCCGGAAACAAAACAAGCCGAGAAUUUAUUGAAGCCUGGGCCUCGGAUGAGAACUCAGUCAAUCGAUUUAUCGAUCUGGCGCCGGCGUACAGAGCCCUUCGUAGUCACCUCCAGUCGUGCGACGUCGGUCGAUGAUUGGGCCUACGUGCCUUAUAACUGCCGCCUGUCCUGUUUCUGACGAUGGACUCCUGUACGAGUCUGAAAGUUCAGGACAAUAAAGGAAGUGUUCCGGUGCUCGACUCUUCUUCUUCACUUAUGCGUACACCUGGAACUCGAAAUUUCGCCUUCAUUCGCAUUAUACUCUGUGCAGAGUGAGUGGAAGGCGGGUUUAAGCCAGCUAACAACCGGACGAAGGCACACUUCCCGCGCCACGAAAGCAGGCGUCGGAGAGUCGACCUUAAAUUUGAUUGUCCAGUCUGGAUAGUUGUAAUUUGCCGAGAACCGGACUGUCACUGCUACGAGUGCGGAGCGCAGGGUCGCGUCAGGCGUCAGGAGUAGGGUUUCUAUAGAGCAUUCAAUGGCAGCCGGACGUUUGCAGGCCCUCGUAACUCUACUCGACAAUUAGUAUUCUCUUAUCCUCCCACCAUUCCUUCCGUGAAUGAGCGUCGCACGCACUCUUCCGCCCUUUUGAUGUCACCGGUCCCUCCACCACCCCACUGUCUUUUCAGAUCGUACAUUUACACACAGAACGUAUAUGGUACACAACCGAAGACGCAAGUUUGUCAGAACUCUGCAGCUCCUCCUGUUUAAAUAUUCGUCCGCUUCCUUCAUCGUUAUCUAUCGCAGUUUAAACUCGAGAAACGGACGACUUGAGACUCCUACCACAAUGGCGGCUUGCAGUCAAAUCACAGUUAUGGGCGACGUCGGCGUGCCCUUACUAAACUGGUUAACUGGUCAAAGGUUUCGAAGUAGUCAGCUUUACUUGAAAAGCCAAUUUGGCCAAAAUGACUUUUCAAGUUUAAAAUGCGCAAUAUUCGCAGACCUAAUUCAGUGCUUAGUUUUUUUUUUAAAAAAAACAUGCGAAGCGGAGACAAUGGUUAGUGACCUCAUAACUCACCACGCGAUCACACUGGACUGGAGAAAAUCGCAGAGUUCAACCUCUGAGUUUACAGAACAACCGCCUUCAAAGGAUUUCCAACCAGUCCUCGAUCGAGAUGCAGAAAGCAACAUGCAUGCGUUUCCACAGCACCAGGAAUUCCCACAAAUCGGUUUCGCCCAUAGUAGAGAAACUGUAGGUCGGAAGUGCGCAACUAGGCAAUUCGGUUGUGUUGAAAUCUGAUCGCCAGGGGGUUUUCGAAUGAGCAAACCUAGAAACUGUGUGUGCGGAAACUGAAAGACAUCCUUCACGCCUUUGUUCAGAUGAAAUCCCAUUAACCGACUAUCUACACCCAGUUUACCUUAGGCACACCCCCAAGGCAGUCCGUUUAAAGUCAGCCUUCGGACAGACAGAGGUGUAAAAGUGUAGGUAAACCCCAUUCCUCCUCGCCGUACCCAAAAACCGGUCUUGGUGCCUAGCCCACAUGUUGGUGUGCUGAAUUGCAAAGCGAUUUCUUGGUGUGAACUUUUGCAGUACUCGCCCAACCACACAAAUGUAACAUGUCACCGUAAAUGACGAUCCGAUCUAAAAAGUCCUCUCUAGAGUGGAAAACUACUACUACUACUACUACUACUACUACUACUACUACUACUACUACUACUACUACUACUACUACUACUACUACUACUACUACUACUACUACUUCUACUACUUCUACUACUUCUACUACUACUACUACUACUACUACUACUACUACUACUACUACUACUACUACUCCCACUCCUCCCUUACAGCGAGGAUUUUCGCGGACUUCAAUGUCGUCCCCUCACUUCGACUCCAAGCUAUUUGUUGGCGAUCACGGCGGAUUCCUCUGUUUUCGCUACCUGCCAGUAGUUUGGCCGGUUGCAUUUACCUACCCUUUGAUCGUCCUCGCAGCCUUCAUUGUCCCCUUCUUAGUUGGACUCUAAGCCGACAGUGA